UUCGUUGCUGCACAUUUACGAUAUGAUUAUUACAACGUAGUUUUCCUACUUACUUGGUAACAUCAAACAUUUUUAGCUCAUUCCUAUUUCGUACGCGGUAACUUUUGCACGCCCUUGAAGCAACAUGCUGAAAAGAAGCGCCCAAACAAAACAUGAUCACUACACUAGGAAAAUUCGAAGAAUUGAACCGGUACAAAUAUCAUCAUCAAAAGAUGAAGGUAACGAUCAUUCGGAUACGGCUCAAGUAGUAGAGAAGGAAACCACCAUGGUUUCAAAAUCCAUGUCAAAGGACAUGAUACCACAAGACGGGGUAGUGGAAUUUAGAGAUACCCUUGACGAUACUGCGGCGGUAUCGCGCCCUCGAGAUAACUCCACUGGGUACGUAGUACCCGGAUUAGAUCCGGAUUUACUGUCGGCAUUAGGUGAAUGUGAAACUACGCCCGACUUACCCGAUUAUGGCGAAAGCAUCCACUGCAAUUUAUCACAAUUAUGGCAACCUUUGCUAAAGAAAGGGAUGCCAAAAGAGUAUAAAGACAAGCUAUUGAAAGAGUACCUUGUACCAGAUAACUGUAAGCUCCUGGAAGCACCAAAACUAAAUGCUGAAAUUUCGGCAGCAGUAUCGGAUAUGAUUCGAAAUCGUGAUAAGACACUUAUCGUGUCUCAACAACAGCUAGGUGCCAGCAUCACUGCCGUCAGUAGAGGCAUUGGUAUACUCUUGGAGAACGACAACAAGGCUCAGGCUAUAAAACAUUUCAGCAAUGGUUGCCGCUUAUUGUGUGACUCACACUUCUUAGCAACACAGGCACGAGUGGAAUUAAUCAUUCCUAGGCUGGACAAAGCCUUUUCAAACUUCAUUAUUAACUCGGAGCGAGACGAAUUUCUAUUUGGAUCGUCCUUGUCCGAAAAGAUUAAAGCUGCAAAAACCAUUGAAAAGGAGGGCUUUACCAUAAAAAAACCCACCAAGGUUCCAGCUUCUAGCUCUCAUAAACCAUACCAAGAAAACUGGGACCAACACCGCCCGCGUUAUCCGGCGAGCAGGGGGGGGCAGAGGCGAGGUGCAUGGAGGCGGGCAACGGCAGGGAAUCGCCGCCCGAACUCGUCGUAUGAGCAACCAACACACCACCGCCCGGUGACCCAAGACUUCAGGGAACCAAAAGGCUGGCCAUCAACUCGGUCAAAGGAUCACCAUGGCUAUUCAACGAGGUAAUGCUACCAGCCUCUUGGGCACGCUCCCAGUCGACAGCGAUGGGGACGUUUUUUUCAUGCCUUUUUGUUUUAGUUUUUAGGGUUCCUUAAUAUGAUCUUAUCCAUGAUAGUUAAAUUUUCACAGAUGAUGUAUUUCUGUUGCCGCUACAACAAUUUUGUUGGUUAAUAAAUAUUUUUUCAUUUUUUUCAUAACAACAAAUACUGAAAAUCGGAAUAAAAUAAAUAUUUUGGGGGGCUCCCAUACAACAAACGUGGUUUUUAUGCAGCAUAACGGCAACAGGUAGAGAUGUGGUAUUAUAAAUAAGAAUAUCGAUUUUUUUUAGUUUUAGGUUUGAUAUAGAAUAUUUUUACGCAAAUGUAAAUAUAAAAUGUUAAUAUGGAUUUAAUUAAAAAAAACCGAUAUCGAUACCUAAAAAUACUCAAAAUAUACUAAACAUACUAAAAAUACUCUGAUACAGACAUGUUAAAAGUCAUUCGUCAUUUAACUCGAAGGGUAGAGGUACUACGGACGCAGGUGUCAGGCUAGUGACUCAAAUCCUGGAAGUCUGGGAGAACUCACAGGAAGCUUUAGGCGUAUUCUGUGAUCUUUCCAAGGCGUUUGAUUACCUACGUGGAUCUCAAGGUGCUUAUUUGUAAACUAAACAACCAACAACGAGGUAAACCUCGAAUUUCGUAAUGGUAAUGGUAAGUUAAUAAGACAGUUAAUUGUAUUAUCCUAUUUGUCAGACAGACGGCAAAAAGUAGACAUAAACGGAUCAAUAUCUUCAGGGUCAUUAGUUGAAAUGGGCGUGCCUCAAGGUUCAAUACUGGGCCCCAUUUUGUUUCUCGCAUAUAUUAAUGAUCUCCUGUACAUGUCUGACAUGGCAAACGUAAUUCUAUUUGCUGAUGAUACUUCCCUUAUUUUUAAAAUUAAUAGAAAAGAAUCUAGCCAUGCCCAUGUAGAUGAUUGCCUGGCUACUCUUUCAAAAUGGUUUGCCGCUAAUAAUCUAUGACUAAAAACAAAAUGUACAAAAUUCGCUUUACCCAAUGUAGCCCAAGCUGAACUCAACAUCACGCUUGAGGGCAAUAAACUAGAUGUAAUUAAAGAAACCGUUAUCUUGGGCAUAACCUUAGAUUCAACAUAUAUUCAACAUACAAUGCCGUGCCCACAUUACCGCCUUGUCGGCUAAACUUAGUUCUGCUUCUUUUGCAGUAAGAAAAAUAAGGCAACUUACGGAUGUAGCAAAGGCUAGGCUUGUAUAUUUCGCCUACUUUCUUGCUG